UAAUUCACCGCUUCAGUAAACAAAUACGACAACUGUCAAGCCAGCUAGCUAACUCUGUGUAAUAAAGUCAUACACGUGGAGAUUUAGGUUAAAUAAUGUCUGGACCAAACGGAGAUCCCAACAUCUCUAUUGAUGAUGGGAUUAUCAACGACGAAGAUGAAUACGAGGACGAAGAGUAUGAAGCCAUCAACUCCAUGCUAGAUCAGAUCAACUCCUAUAUGGACGACCUGGAAGAUCGCAACGAUUCACUUAAUGGCAAACUACACGAACUGAUGGAGUCGAACAGGCAAGCCCGGCUGGAGUUCAGGGCCCAACUGCAAGGCCCCGAGACCCAGGAGGAGGAGCCAUGUCCUGCAGAUGGGGACUCGUCCUCAACCAGCAAGGAAGACCUGAACGAGGACAAUGAUGGGGAUUGCAAAUGAGUGAUGAGGGGUGGCAGGGAUGGAAAUAUUUAUGAAAGUUGACUCAAACUCCCAACCUCUGUCUUUUGGACCAAUGAACCUUGACCCUGAUAUGAUUGUUCUCUGAAUUUACACCCCCAUCAGCAGAUGUGUGAUAUUUUGCUUCUCCUCCAUCACGGAACUCAAUUUAGUUUUUCUUCUUUGUUGAAUUGUGGUGUGCUGAUGUUUGGUUCUUGAGCAGAUUGAAGUUUAUGGACCUAGCAGCUUCUUAGACGAGUUGCAAAGUCUCUUUUGGACUAUGAAAUCUAAGUGUUGACGUUUAAAAAGCUGCGCCCCUUGUUCCGGUCCAAGUGGGACAUCAUGAGAACAAAUUCUAGAGCCAGGAAUUAAAGCUGAUGCAUUGUUAAUUUAACAAUGACAGUAACCCGUAAAACAUACUGAUGGACUCUACUAUGAUCUUCAGAAUUUGUUCUCAGGGUCAAAUAGGGAUCAUAGUCGAACAUCUGUGUAGUAUGUUGACCCAUUUGGUGUCAACAUUCAGCUUUGUAUUAGCUGUAAAUAUGCAACCCUACAGAUGUCUGCCAGUGUAUUAUAAUGUUUGAUCUGCAGCAUGACUGUAAAUCUGUAUGUCAAUCUUCUGUCCUGUUAAUUUUCAUUAACCUGUUCAGGAUAAGUGAACUGAUAAGUGUUUGUAUAUGUUGAGUGCCAGCCAAGAAAAAGUAAAAAUGAAGUCGACAAAAUGUGGGAAUUGUCAGACAUUUUAAUAUAAAUUAAAAUGAGCCCCCAAACAGAAAACAAAAAUCCAUAAAACUUCCAGCAGUUAGAAAACAUCACCUGUUUGUUCAUCUCAAUGUAGUCAGUAGCUGAAUAAAAAUACAAUAAGAAACAUA